AGCCCAUCAACGACGGUGGACGGAGGUGCGGCGGCGGGCUGCGAGGCGUGCUCGACGGCGAGCUCGCACCACGGUAGUUCCCAGUAUACGACCGGAUUUGGCGCGGCAGUAACGUCGGUUUGCUCGCGCGCUCCCAACCGCGGCAGGAACGCCGACGGGCGGACUGCGAGCCCUCGGCGCUGUGUUGGAAUGCGGCACUUCUUGCUCUGCUCGGUCCUCUACCGGUGGCCGGCGAGCAGUACCGGGAAGGGUCGCAUCGAAGGGAGGAAGAAGAAGUGCGAAAUUUGAGAGUUUGCUUUGCUUUGAGAUUAGUGUUUGAGCAUCACUAGAUCUGCUUGCUUGAAGCCUGAACUGUAAGCCAGAGGAUUAGCUAGGGUUUAGUCGACCGCGCCGACGAACAUGACGGCCACAGGCGCCGCCGCGGAGGCGGAUGCGGAGGCCAGGAGCAUCCUCGAAAGCGCAGCGGCGGCCUCCUUCCCACCGCUCCACGCCGUCCACCACCUCCUCUCCGUCGGGGUCUGCGUGCGAUGCAUCUUCCGGUUGUUUGGAGCCUUUAGCUCUGCGAUCCCUUGCCUUUCUCUUACGGCAUCAGUUUUGCAUUCAUUUCUUGAAGAGCAUGAGGAUUCCACAAAGAAUGGGUCUUGCUCAUGUUUGUCAACGGAUGUGGCGUGCUGCUCUAUCUGCUUUGGGGUGUUACUGCCCACCUGCUAUCAAGAUGACGGUACAGAACCACUCCAUAGUGUAACUCCUAUCGAUAAUGUUACUUCAAUGAUAUCCCAAACAGUUCUGAAAGAGGGUCACCAAAUUGAUGAGUUCUCCCUAGAAAUUUCACUUCCUGCAGUUAUAGCAGCUAAUGAUCGUGCCACUAGGUUAUAUAUAAAAGAAAAAUAUGGCAAUGCAGAUUGGUUCAAUGAAAAAAUAUUUUCUCAGACCAUGUCAGUGAAGGAGGCCUUGAGAAUGUUGCUAGUACCGUCACUAGAAAAACAAAUGAACGUGAAACAUGUUAGUAAUUCGUUUCGAAUUCGCUUAACAUAUACUCACGAGGAAGCUUCGCAAAAGCUUCUAAAGCUACUGCCAAAUGACCGUGGUCGUAAAAGAAAAGCAGAAUCAAGAGAUGGAAAGAGUACUAAAAGGGACUCAACAGAUGAUGAUAAACAUAUAUUAAGUGAAUCAGAUUCAUUUAUCAACAAGACCCUUGAAGGCAUUGAAGAUCAAGAGUUCUGCAGUUUAUUGCAGUUGCCACCUGAGAAGGUGUUAAAACCCUGCCACCUUGUGAUAUCUUGUCAAAGGUCACCCAUAUAUAUUGGUGGAAGAUACCUGAAGCUUUCAAGGAAUGUCAGCCAGUCGUGUUGGAUAAUUGAUGACGAGAGAAUGGGGGAAGCAUCAGUUGAGGAAAUAAUUGGGGAGAAUGUCUGUGCCAUCUGCAAAGGUGAUGGCUACAAGUUCCAUGCUGCCGGAAGAGAAGAUAUUGAUGUUCGGAUGCUUGGAUCUGGUCGUCCAUUCCUAGUUGAAGUCUUGAACGUGCGAUCUAUUCCAUCUGCUACUGAAGUUCAACAAAUUGCAGAUAAGAUUAAUAACUCCGAAAAGAAACAUGUUAGGGUUAUAAAUCUCAAGCUGGUAGGCAGUGAAAUAUGGACAAUGAUGCGGGAAGGAGAAGCGGAGAAGCAGAAGCAGUAUGCUGCCCUCAUAUGGACGUCUCGCCCUCUGACAGAUGAUGACUUACAUAAUAUUUCUCUUGUCAAAGAUAUGGAAAUUGUACAAAAGACACCAAUAAGAGUCCUACAUCGUAGAAGUCCAUUAGAGAGAAAACGGAUUAUACAUUGGAUGGAGAUUGAAAAAAUUGCUGGCAGGUCAAACUAUUACCUGUUACAUCUAUGCACUCAGGCUGGGACAUACAUAAAGGAGUUUGUGCACGGGGAUCUUGGACGCACACACCCAAGUUUUGGCGUCAUGUUAAGCUGCAGAGCUGAGAUAUUGCAACUCGAUGUCACUGACGUUAAGAUGGAUUUCCUGCAGUAAUAUGAUACUGUUAUAUGCCAAUAUGGUAUCAUCCUGGUUCUUAAUUCUAUAUCAUCGGUUCUUGGUGCUGUACACUUACGAAAUGCAAGGCCUGAAAGACAAUGCCUGCAGAAGACUAACCAAGCCAAGUUCAGAAAACCGGUCUCUUACUAGAGUGUAACCUUUUCGAUAAGAGUCUAUUUGAGAAAUUGGGGGGAGUGAUCCCAGUUAGCUCCAAUGCAACUUUUAUCGAUGUUUUUACUCUAGUGUAGCCAUCGGAU